GAAACGAAAACAGAUAGAUAUCCAAUCAUUUGACUUCAGAAAGAAGUGAUUGCAAAAAAAAAAAGAAAGAAUGAAAUAAAAAAAAAAAAUUUCGGCUUCGGUCGUAUUCGAACUCGAUACGACAGAUUUAUUUUCCAGUUGGCUGCACUACUAAGUUGUGAUGAGUCAAUUGCCAAAGGCAAGAUGGGGAGGGCAUAUAAACAAAGGGGAGGUAAGCGAUGCCGUGUAAAGAUUUUAGCCCAGUUUCACAGAGAUUUCAGUUUAUUAAAAGAAAUAAUUCACACACACAAACGAAAACAAGGACAGAAACAUUGAGAAUAAUUAACAGUUGAAAACCGUGCUGUUAAUUUAGAGGAAAGUAAUGAUUUAAAAAACAAACAUGCUAAGGAGAAAUCACGUUUUAAAACGACAUAGAACUGAGAGGUAUUAACAGAAAAAAAAAACAACAAUAUUGCGUUUAUGUGAGAAGGGACUAGUGACUUUACUACACCGCCUUCAUUGUCCCGCGGUCGAAAAAAAAAUUUCUGUGCCUGAAGGUUUGUUUCCAAAAAUAUUCUCGAUUGGUUCCAAUUUGCUGGGCUCACACUGUGAAAGGUAACCCUUAAUCUGCGAAGCCCUUUCAUGGAGCCCCAUCAUCUAACAGCCUUUGUAUAGUCUACACCAAGCAGUUCCCCUAAACAACACACUGACCUCCAACCUUAUCAAUAUUUUCAUUGAAACAACGAAACCCCUUUGAUCAAUGAUGGAGACCCUGCCCAGCGAUGCCUCAAUCCACAAUGCUAUUGCCACAAAGCCUCAGUUCUCACCCCUUCCCAACAGCAUGGCACACCACAGAAUGCCUCACAUGACUGAUAAAUCCUUCCAUAAUGAGAUUUAUGGCAACCAAUUCAUGCAGGGUUAUUACUUACAGACUCACGGUUUGGUGCAUUCAAACCAGAAAUUGUUCCACCCUGACGUGUACGGAAAACAGUUUGCACAGAACUGCUAUGUCCAGAGCCAUGAACGGAUGCAUAACAUUGAGAAGCCACCACCAGCUGCCCCACCCACGCCCCCAGUCUGUCCCAAACCCCCUCUCACUCCAAACAAGAUUGCACCAAUAAUACCCAAAAUUGAGGCGCCACCAGUUAAACAGUUUCAGUGUGAUUCUUGUCCCAAACAGUUUGCACGCAGAAAUACACUGCAACUGCAUCAAAGACUGCACACAGGUGAGAAAUUAUUCCAUUGUAGUUUCUGCGAUAAGCAGUUUAUUCAUCGAGACAAGCUACAAAUCCAUGAGAGGAUCCACACAGGAGAGAAACCUUUCCAUUGUGAGUUCUGCCCAAAGCAGUUCUCUCGGAAGGACAAACUCAAAAUCCAUCGAAGCACACACACAGGCGAGAAACCGUUCCAUUGCAAUCUUUGCGAUAAGCAAUUUGUUCAGCGAAAUAAGUUAAAAAUUCAUCAAAGAAUCCAUACAGGUGAGAAGCCGUUCCAUUGUGAAUUUUGCACCAAACAGUUUUCUCGUGGUGACAAGCUGCAGUUGCAUAGAAGAACACACACAGGUGAGAAGUUAUUUCAUUGUAAUUACUGCCCGAAACAGUUUGUUCAAAAAGACAAACUGUUGAUACAUGAGAGAACACACACUGGAGAGAAGCCUUUCCACUGCGAGAUCUGCUCGAAACAGUUUGCUCGUAGUGACCGUUUGCAAAUCCAUCGAAGAACACAUACAGGGGAGAAGCCAUUCCAUUGUGACCUCUGUCCUAAGCAGUUUGUUCAGAGAUGUUACCUUAAAAUACACCGUCGUAUCCACACAGGCGAGAAACCUUUCCAGUGUGAUGUUUGUCAGAAGCAGUUUGCUCGGAAAGACAAACUGCAGAUCCAUACUCGCACCCAUACAGGUGAAAAACCGUUCCACUGCGACAUUUGCAGGGAGCAGUUUGUUAGGAAAGCGCAGCUACUGGCGCAUAAGAAGCAUAUGCACGCGGCAAUAGUCGAUAAACCGUUUCAGUGUGAAAUCUGCCUGCAGCAGUUCUCGGAACGGGAUACCAUGCUGCUUCACCAGCGGUCACACUUGCCGGCCCCCACUUCACCACCACAGUGUGACAUAUGUACAAAGCAGUUUGCCACCAUGGAAGAAAUGCAAAAUCACAAAAGAAUACAUAAACCUGUCCGGAACAAUUUCUUGAAGCCAACUUCAUGCAAGAACAUCAAAGAGUACACACCGAUGAGUACUCUGCUAUGGCAGACUCUCUACCCAGGGUUACAAAAUCCUGUAUAAAAGCAAUUCUCCAAUUAAGUGCCCCACUCUGCAGAGUGCAGAGAUUCUUCUUACAAUCGGAAAAAAAAAAACAAAAAAAAUCUUCAUAUUUUAACACUGCUCCAGAAUCUUGCAGACAACAACUU